AUGGUGAUGCACAUAAAGCAGAGAGAAGAGGAUAUUGCUAUUUGUGAAUGUAAAUAUGAUGCCGGUGAUCCUGACAGUGCAUGUGGGGAGAGCUGCUUGAAUGUACUGACCAGCACAGAAUGCACGCCUGGCUACUGUCCUUGCAAUGACUAUUGCAAGAAUCAGGUGAAUAUUCGGUCACUAAGUUUGUGUGUUUUUGCGUAUAUAUGUAGUGCAUCAUAUGGUGGAUCCAAGUAUUUUGGUCCACUGAAUAAGUGA